UAUCAUGGACCAGAAGUAUCGAUUACCUUUCAAGGCUGGGCAAAUAGCUGAAGCAAGGUGUUUGACCGUUGGAUAUCGUGGAGCAUGGUUUCGGUGUAAGAUACAUGAGAUAAGCCGCAGAGGAGGACAUUGGACUGCCUUACUGGAAUAUUUUGACUAUCCAGAUGAAAAAUGGGCAUGGACAGAGCUAUAUCAGAAGAGUCAACUGAUGUUGCGGCCUGAGUAUCCUCCAGUCCACUUGAAAAACAAAUUGUCUGAUGUUAACUCAAAUUCAAAUGUAACUAUUGUUGUUGACGGUACUUGGAAAGCAGGCAAUUUGGUUGACUGGUGGUACGAGAACUGUUAUUGGUCCGGAAAAGUGACAAAGUUGCUUGGCAAUGGUAAAGCUAAGAUUGAGUUGGUGCCAACUCCAUUGGGUGAAGGUGGAACUUAUGAAGGCUUCGUCAAGGAUAUGCGUCCAUCCUUGGAUUGGUCUCCAAAAUUUGGUUGGGUUGUUCCUGCAUCACAGGAUGGUGAAAGUUCUCGUCAAUAUCCUCAGCUAAUUAAACCUGUUAGUCAAGCUCAUUUUGACGUUCUAACUGUUGGACAUGCUAUAGGUGAAGGGAGAAGGGACGGACAAGCAACAACUAGAUUGUCAUCAAACUCAUCUUUACCAGCCUUGGAGUCAGAUGCAUUGGAGGCAUCAAUUCUGGAAUUGGAGGAGCUUGCAAAGAAAAUGAGUUGGCUCAAACGGUUUAUGGAACGUGGAAGGCCUCUGUCUGAUGGUGUUACGCCUUCAUGGAAAUUUGUAAAACACCGUAGAACAUCGAGAAAGAAUUGAUGGCUUCGGGAAGUUUGGCUUGAUCCUUCUUGUCUGUGACUCCGAAAAUGUAGGUUAGUCCUUCAGUCUCUACAUUCAGCUGGAGAAUGUCGUUUGAGGAAGUUUGGCUUGAUCCUUUAGUCACUUGUUCUACUCCUUUACUUUUUAAACUGUGGAUGAACUUUCCAACUUAUAUUUCAUCAAAGAGGAUGUCUAUAACUGAUAAAAUUGAUAUUAUGUAGUAGAUGUAUUUUUUGGUACUUGCUAUGUUGGAUAUCUGCCCCAAUUGCAUUGUCUGAGUAAGAUGAAACU